UAAUGUGCAAGUGACGAGAGCUGUUGAACGGGCUAUACCGGAGGAACGCAUAGCAAAGGUACAACAUGUGCCAUCACCAUUUUUUGAACGAAAAAAUCGUGUAGAGAACGAUUGUUUCUGUUCAGGAGUGACCGGGCGUUGUCGGAUGGCCCUUGAUCUGUACCGAAUGAGAAAAACAUACGAUCUAUCAAACAUGACUGCAGAAAGGCUGGGCGACGAAUCAACCGGUGCCAAAUAUCUCCGUAUUCCGUUAUCAGUUUUGCUUGGUAACCUGAUCACAGCUUACGGAGGCUAUAUGCGUUUUCCUGUUACUGAAGAAUGCUAUACUGAUCGCAGCAAACCGUGUGUGGUCAUGGUCGACAAGCGAAACAUGCAUCGAGCGGUUGGAUAUUUUCUGCCAACAUCACACGAUCAGCGACAAGUGCAGGUGCUUCUGAAGGAGUCGAACUGGAAACUUUUGCCAGCGAUUGAUGAGCUUAGUGAUCGAGAACCAGAAGAUGAGUUGACUAAGUUCAUCUUUAUGUCUACACUAAGCAACAUCCACUCGGUUUACAUCCGUGGAAGGUACCGGACGCGUAGCGAGGAAAAUAUACUUUCCAUUGAUAUGGCUUCAUCGUAUGAUGAAGGAUUGGGCACAGUGACUACUGUGGAGGAAUGUGACUGUCAUCCAGGCUACGGUGGAUUGUCCUGUGAGCGAUGUGAGAAAGGAUACCUUCGAACGUACGACUCAAUCAGUCCUGAGGGGAUUUGCUUAAGCAUUCCCGAGCUUUGGGAACUGCACAAAAAAAUCUAUCGACAGAAUUGAUCGAGCCCAGCAGUAAUUACACUGUAAAGUAAGAAUGGUACCAAUCAAACAUUCGUGUGUUUCAAAUUUAAUAAAAGUUUUAUAAAACUCUUAUUGCUAAGGCAGCCUCCCGGGGUCGAUCGCUCAAUUGAACAAUUCAGUUUAUAUGUGAACCUACGUAUUUUGAUACUUAACUCUCUCUCUUAACUUUUUCAUACUUUUUGAAGUAAAUAUAAACUAUA